CAUUAAAGUGAGUUUCCCAAAUGUCAGCAUGGAAGAUGAUAAUCACAACAAGUUCACAGUCACGACCAGACUAGUUAUUGGUCACGGGUUUACUGCGGAGAACCGGCUUAAUCGGUCACCCACUGCGUUAAAAAAACACGGCUUUCCCUUCCAGCCUCUUGUCGACAUCGACCAGGGGUCCUCUCAAAAGAUGCUCCCUCUGCGUUCGCAAUCACAGGUUGGGGGACUACAAACAUCACUGUCUCUUGUUUCUUCAGAUCCUGUUCUGUCUCCUGACGAACCAAGAUCAAACUCUGACAAUCUCCGUGAAUCUCCGGCUGAAAGUGCAAGUUCUCAAGAAACAUGGCCUACAGCUGAUGCAGCUACAACAAAGAAGACGGAGAAUGGAAAAGCAGAGAUUAAUUGCCUUGAGCAGAAUGUGAUUCACCGUGUUUCUAGUGCAGACAAAGUUACUCUUCAGGACAUUGCCAGAGAAAGUGUCGGUACAAUAUGUGAAAAAAUGCAUCGUCUACCUGAGGAGUAUCUAGAAGAGUUGAAAAAUGGACUUCGAGUUAUCCUUGAUGGAGGGAAUGGUUCACAGCAUAGAGAAGAAUUUUUCAUUUUGCAGAAGUUUGUUCAGGGCAGAACUGAUUUGACAGCCAAGACACUGGUCAGAGCACAUCGAGUGCAACUUGAAAUCCUUGUUGCAAUAAAUACUGGAAUUCAGGGAUUUUUGCAUCCUAGCAUCAGUCUUUCACAGAAUUCCCUGAUUGAGAUCUUUGGCUAUAAGAGAUGCAGAAACAUAGCGUGCCAAAACCAGCUUCCAGCUGAUGAUUGUACCUGUGAAAUAUGCAACGGCACUAAUGGUUUCUGCAAUCUUUGCAUGUGUGUGAUCUGCAACAAGUUUGACUUUGAGGUGAAUACUUGCCGCUGGAUUGGAUGUGAUUUGUGUUCUCAUUGGACUCACACAGAUUGUGCCAUUCGUCAGCAACUUAUUUGCAUUGGCCCUUCUUCAAAGAGCGGGGUGGGACCCACUGAAAUGGUUUUCCGGUGUCAAGCUUGCAAUAGGACUUCAGAACUGUUGGGUUGGGUUAAAGAUGUUUUCCAGCACUGUGCACCUUCAUGGGAUGGAGAAGCCUUAAUGAGGGAACUUGAUUAUGUUAGCAGGAUCUUUCACGGGAGUAAAGACCCUCGAGGGAGGAAGUUGUUUUGGAAGUGUGAUGAUCUGAAGGAAAAAUUGAAAACUAAAAAAGUAGAUUCAAAGGCUGCUUGCAGGGCAAUUUUGAUGUUUUUCCAAGAGCUUGAGGUAGACUCUCCAAAAGGCUUGGAAAAUGGAGAAAGUGGAAGGUUGAUUGCUCCACAAGAUGCAUGUAAUAGAAUUGCUGAAGUAGUGCAGGAGGCUAUAAGAAAGAUGGAAAUAGUAGCUGAUGAGAAGAUGAGGAUGUUCAAGAAGGCUCGCAUGGCCCUCGAAGCUUGCGAUCGUGAAUUAGCUGACAAAUCCAGGGAAGUGGCAGAGCUCAAGAUGGAGAGGCAGAAAAGGAAGCUACAGAUAGAAGAGUUGGAGAAAAUUGUGAGGCUCAAAAAUGCGGAGGCUGAUAUGUUCCAAUUGAAGGCUAAUGAGGCUAAACGAGAGGCUGAGAGGCUCCAGAGGAUUUCUCUUGCCAAGCAAGAUAAAUCAGAAGAAGAAUUUACUAGCAACUACCUGAAACAACGAUUAAACGAAGCCGAGGCUGAGAAACAGUAUCUUUACGAGAAGAUCAAAUUGCAGGAGAGUUCUCGUGCUUCACAGAGCAGUAGUGGUGGUGACCCCUCUCAGAUGCUGAUGUAUUCCAAAAUCCAUGAUCUGUUGUACAAUGCUCCUCCCAAACCAGACACUCAGGGCCACCCUUUUCGGACAAAUCCCUGAGACCGUGUUUGUGAUUCCUUGUUAUAGCUAAGUCAUUCCCUUUGAACAAUUAUGGAUUCUAUGCCAAUGUAAUCAUCAAUUUUAUCUGUUUUUUGUACAAGGUCUAAAAUAUGUUUGAAACUAGGCUUGUUAUAAGCAUUAUUAUUAUGCUUUUUGUAAGGAA